GGUUUAUUUUCAAUAAAGGAAAAAAAUAUAAUAUUUACGUCCAUGACAAAUGGUGGCGGUAACAACGGUGGUGGUGGAAACACCGGAGUAGGAAACCGAACGGAGGAGUUACAACCCCAUCCGGUGAAAGAACAACUCCCCGAAAUUCAAUACUGCGUCAACAGUCCUCCUCCUUGGUUUGAAGCGGUAGUGUUGGGUUUCCAGCAUUAUUUGUUGAGUCUUGGCAUCACAGUUCUCAUUCCAAGUCUAUUAGUUCCACUCAUGGGAGGUGGUGAUUCUUUCUUUGGAACUCGAUUGCCUGUGAUAGCUGCUGCUUCUUAUGCCUAUAUCUUACCUAUCACUUCUAUCAUCUAUUCGACCCGAUUCACUUACUACACUGAUCCUUUUGAAAGGUUCGUGAGAACAAUGAGAAGCAUACAAGGAGCUCUGAUUAUAACCGGAUGUUUCCAAGUUCUUGUCUGUUUUUUAGGCGUAUGGAGAAAUAUUGUUAGAUUUCUAAGCCCACUCUCCAUUGCUCCUUUGGCAACAUUUACCGGAUUGGGACUCUACCACAUUGGUUUCCCUUUGUUAGCAAGAUGCAUUGAAGUGGGACUUCCCGGGUUGAUCCUACUCGUGUUUAUCACUCAGUACUUACCGCGUUUUCUGAAAAUGAAGAAAGGCGCGAUGAUUUGGGAUGGAAACAGAUGUGACCGUUAUGGGAUGAUGUUAUGCAUUCCAGUGGUAUGGUUGUUCGCUCAGCUACUCACAUCGAGUGGUGUUUAUGAUCACAAACCUCAGACUACUCAAAUCAGUUGUCGUACAGAUCGUACUGGUCUCAUCACCAACACUCCUUGGAUAUACAUACCAUAUCCUUUUCAAUGGGGAAGCCCAACUUUCGACAUCACUGAUUCUUUUGCGAUGAUGGCUGCGUCUUUCGUCACUCUCUUUGAGUCGACUGGUUUGUUCUAUGCAUCCGCAAGAUAUGGAAGCGCGACGCCAAUUCCACCAUCAAUUGUUAGUCGUGGUACUGGCUGGCUGGGAGUUGGAGUAUUACUCAAUGGCAUGCUUGGAGGCAUCACAGGGAUCACAGCAUCAACAGAAAAUGUUGGACUUUUGGCAAUGACUAAGAUUGGGAGUCGAAGAGUGAUACAAAUAUCAGCUGCAUCCAUGCUUUUUUUCUCCAUUUUUGGAAAAUUUGGAGCUUUUUUCGCGUCCAUACCAUUACCAAUCAUGGCAUCUCUCUAUUGCAUCGUCUUGUGUUUUGUGUCUUCGGCGGGACUUAGCUUUUUACAAUUCUGCAACCUCAAUAGCUUCAACACCAAAUUCAUUUUGGGAUUUUCUUUUUUCAUGGCUAUUUCAAUCCCGCAAUAUUUCAGAGAAUACUACAAUGGAGGUUGGCGGUCUGAUCAUCGCUCAAAUUGGUUGGAAGAUGUGAUAAGAGUGAUACUCAUGUCGCAUACAACGGUUGCGGCAAUAAUUGCGAUAGUGCUUGAUUGCACAUUGUGUCGUGAAAGCGAUGAAGCCAAGAAAGAUUGCGGACUCAAAUGGUGGGAUAAGUUUCGACUAUAUAAUCUUGACGUGCGAAAUGAUGAGUUUUACGGUCUACCUUUCGGCCUCAACAAAUUCUUCCCUUCUCAUUGAAACUUUCAAAAAAAAGUUUCUUCUAUUCUUUUGUCUUUUUAAUAAUUUAGUUCUUUUUCC